AUGGAUCAGGGUAUCGCCGGAGGAGAGAUGCACGAUCCGGCGAGCGGCGCCAGUGAUGAAGGAGGGGCAUGGACGGGACAGAAGAGGCCCAAGCACCAAUGCCCAUCUCCCACCAGGGAUUCCGGCGAGAUUGCCGGUGCCCGUAACGCUAGUACUGGCUCAUCAUCCUGUGACGUUCGCAUCGCCCCGGAUCAGCAAGAACCUUCCACCGAGAUCGCGCGUGCCAUUGACAUGUACACGGCCGCGCCACCGGAUGAGCUGGAGGAAAAUGACAUUAUCAGCGAUGAGGAGUUCCUUGGAUACCUCAAGGUUUUGGCCACCAGGCCUGCUCCUAUCACCAUCUCUGCGCGCAGUCUGGACAAGGAAGAGCAGCGCAAGCUCUAUGGGCGCCUCGCUCUCUACCGUGCCAGGGCUUCCAAGUUGGCCCGAGGAGUUUGCGUAGAAGAUCUGGACGAGGUGACACUGACAAAGGAGUACUCUCCGGAAAAUCUCAAGGCCUUGCUUGCUGACUAUGAGAAAGAUGACGCUGUCGAUUGGUACUUUGACCGUAACUACUCCUCGCUCGAUGACUUGGGCGACUACCAUCGCCUUGUCCUUAGAGAAGAUGGUAUAAGGUACUUCGAUUGGGUGACAUACCGCUCAUCGUUUACUAGCUAUGAAAUUGAUGAAGAGUAUGUUAAGCUCUUUGAAGAAAUAUCAAAGAAAAUCAAGUGGGUUAAACGUUACAUGGAAUGUCAACUAGCAUCUUCCGAGUGGAUAGAGAUGAACAAUAGAGGAUUCCGCCAAGCAGUGAGGAUCGCGGCAGGCUUUCCACGCAUGAGCCAUUUUUUUGCUCUAAUGGCCUUUAAGGAGCAUGUGUCGGAUGUGAUGUUUGAUUAUUGGCAGCGUGAAGACAUUGAUCGUCUCUUUUUUGAGAUUUGGAAGUGUAUGACUGAGAAAAAGAUUGAUUCCACAGCUGCUUUGGUCGAAGUCAAUCGACAAGAUAUCUUCCCUCGAUAUCGAAGAAAAAUCCAGUUUGCACUGGAUCGUAGUGACAUUUCUGAUCUGUUUUUAGAGUUUGAUACCUGCGUGGAAGGCAUCCCUGAUGACGCAGCCCAGGAUGGAGCACGUGAGCUGAUUACAUGGGCGGUUUGGAAUAAGCUUAAUAAACCGAAGAUGUGGCACCAGUAUAUUAUAAGGAAGAUGGAGAUUGCUAAACACAUAGGCUUGUAUCCACAAGCUUGACGUGUCUCGAAACCUAGGACACGGAUGGAUUUGACUAAUAACAGUGUAUUAUCCCUACAAGACAUGCAAGUAUUAUCCUGCAGGUCCUGCACACAUUAUCCUGCAGGGCCAAGCAAUGCACGAGUCGGACUACAAGUAUGACCGAACAGCACAGCGCUACCGACGAUCAGCUAUGUCCUUUCAAUUGACAUUGCCGGUGUGGAUGUGCAGCGUGGGCCGAUGCUAGGGAUCUUUUUGAGAAACGUUGAUAUAAGACGUCAGGUUACAUGGCAUUGCGUGUCUCCGCAUGGAGAGGAGACCGCGUGAAGUUUUUUCCUUCCACCUUGUGAAGAGUUCAGGAACAAUCAUCUUCAUCUUGGUGU